CUGAGUUUUUUCAUUUUUAAUUUAUACAUAUAUAAAGUUGGCUGUCAAAAAAACAUAUAUAAUAUUGAUGCUAAAAACACAUCAAGCUCAUAUAUUUACAAAAAAAAUAAAAAUGCUAAAUUGAAGUUACUAGUUUUUAGAUAAUAUUCUAAAUUUUAAUUUUUUAAUUUUUUUUAAUGGUAAAACCCCUCAAUUAUGUUUACUUAAUGUAGAAAUCCCUAGCUAUACUAAAGAUUUUUUUAAUUUUUUUUUGUCUAUAUUGAAAAUUUGAAAUAAAAGGGUGUGUAAGUCUAGUUCCAUCCUUCUAAUAACUAAAAAUAAAAAUUCAAAAAUGAAACCAUUGAUGUUCUUUUUCUGUUGUCAACAGAAAAAAAAAAUUCUUUUUAGCUAAAAAGUAAAAAACUUAAAUGGUGGCAUUAAAAACCUUAUAUGUAGUAUCCUUUUUUUUUUUUUGAGCAACUCCUUAUAGUAUUAUCCAAAAAUAAUACCAAGUUUGUCGUCAUCGGCUCUCCCUCUACUUUCCAAACGCAUCGUGAGUAAUAUUUAUAGUUACGAUUCAGGUUAGAAGUUGGGCAAAAUCAAACCUCUUCUCCUCUUUCUUUUUCUUUGUGGACCAAGAAAACUUCUCGUUGAUCCUCUCUUGAUGUUCUUCUUCUUCUUACAAGAUUAAUUCAAAGUCAUUUAACUUUUAAAAAAUGGGUGACAUCAUCGGUCACAGUGAUAGGGAGAUACGGUUACCCUCUCAUGUUCUCCAAGAUCCCUUGUUUGAUCAUUCUAACAAACAUCAGUUGCAUAACUCCUUCAUCAACCACAACCACCAUGGCAGCGAGGGAUUCCGUCGACCCGGUGCACCACCUUCAAAUUCCUUCAGAGAAACUUUUCCUUGGAACUAUAAUACGUACAUUCAAACGCAGCAAAACAAUUGGCAAAUGAGUAAAAGAGAGGACCAAAUGCAAGCAUUUUUCUUGGUUCCGCCGGCCCGUAAAGCUUCUGGCACCGGAGUUUUUCUUCCAGCCAGCGCUUGUCAUCUGCCAACCAAAAAAACAGCCUGUUCAACGGUGCUUCUCCCGGUGCGUGUAGUUCAAGCUCUCAAUCUCAACGUUCACAACAAGCGUAUUCAUGUUUCUCCCCGUUCAGAGAAUAAUUCGAAGAAGAAGAGCGAGAUGGUGGAAACACCUGCGAACAUUGAAGUCGAAACUCUGAUUGAUUCGCCGGAGAAUCUUCUCCCGGAGGAAUGGAUUUAUUGAUGGCCAAUGUUACUUAUUAAUGUGAAUGAAUAGAAUCAAAUAAAAAGAUAAUGAAAGAUUGUAAUGUGGAUUCUUGUGUCGUGUAUGCUUGCCAUUGGGUUAGUGUAAUAUAUCCGAAUAAGAUCAACCCGUUUGUGA